GGAGGAGGAGGAGAGACUGGGAAUGAGUUGGAAGCAGACGCAGCCUCAGCGCGCAGAUCUGCCCUGCCGGAGACAGACAGAGCGGGGAGGGGGCAGGAUAAAAGGACCUCUCCUGCUCUGCAUAAGGAAAGCCCCCCUCCCGGCGCCUCAGGGGGCGAGAUGUAGGGCUUGCAGGAAAGAAUAUUUGCCAUCACAUGCUUGGUUCCAGAGUGCUCAUACCCACUUGAACUGGUUUCAAAGGGAUACUGUGAUUCUCCAAUGUCUGCCUUGGAAAGCAGCCAUGGAACAAUGAAUUGAUUGCCACUUAACAGUUGUGGUUACAGCAAAUUUAGAAGCUUGCCUGAGGGGGAGGUGAAGCUCAAAGAGAACACAGAAGACAAAUGAAGACCACAUCUGGCUGAAUCCUAAGGAAAGCAAGCAAGCAAACCCAGUGAUGUUUUCUGAGCAGAGGACUAGAACUAAAGUUUGAAAGAGAAUUAAAAUAAUAAUGUGUGGAAUGACUGCUUUCGUUUACAUGGACACAGUGGCCAAAAUUCUCUGGCAGGACGGUUGAGGCAUGUGAUCUGCACUUACCAUUUGAAUUUGACGCACAUCCUUUUUACUGAAGGGCUCAAGGGACCUAGGAACAGGUGGGAAUUGGAUGAUGCCAAAUGCCAGCUUGCAGGGAAGAAAUGGACACUGACAAGCAAAGAUGGAAGUAACUUGACAGCUUCAACUCUGGAAGCUGUCUCUGGAAAGGACAGGUUAAGACUGGAAUCACAAACUUUUCUGGGAGAGCAGUAUGCAGGAAGCUGGCUUUCAGGCCACAAAUGCUUUCACAGAGUGCAAAUUCACCUGCACCAGUGGCAAAUGCUUGUAUCUUGGCUCGCUGGUCUGUAACCAACAAAAUGAUUGUGGGGAUAACAGUGAUGAAGAGAACUGUCUGCUUGUAACAGAGCAUCCACCUCCAAGUAUCUUCAGCUCUGAACUAGAGUUUGUUCAGAUUAUCAUCAUAAUCGUGGUUAUAACUGUUAUGAUAGUGGUGAUCAUCUGCUUGUUGAACCAUUAUAAAGUGUCAACACGGUCAUUCAUCAGCCGGCAGAGCCAAAGCAGGAGGCAAGAAGAAUCUUUACAACCGGAGGGGUGUUUGUGGCCUUCUGACAGCUCAUCUUCACACCGGGGAGCUUCCGAGAUCAUGUAUGCCCCACGGUCCAGAGACAGGUUUACUGCUCCAUCCUUUAUGCAGAGGGAACAUUUCAGCCGCUUCCAGCCAACCUAUCCAUACAUGCAGCACGAGAUUGACCUCCCUCCUACUAUCUCCCUCUCCGAUGGUGAAGAGCCGCCACCAUACCAAGGGCCAUGCACUCUGCAGCUUCGGGACCCAGAACAACAGAUGGAACUCAACAGAGAAUCUGUGAGGGCACCACCCAACAGAACUAUAUUUGACAGUGAUUUGAUAGACAUUUCAAUGUACAAUGGGGGCCCGUGCCCACCAAGCAGCAAUUCGGGCAUAAGUGCAACCAAUUAUAGCAGUAAUGGAAGGAUGGAAGGACCACCCCCAACUUACAGUGAGGUCAUGGGGCAUUACCCAGGUUCCUCUUUUUUCCAUCACCAGCAAAGCAACGCGCCUCCUUCGUCACAUAGGGGGAGCAGACUUCAGUUUCAACAGAACAAUUCAGAGAGCACAAUAGUCCCAAUUAAAGGCAAAGACAGGAAACCAGGAAACCUUGUCUAGUUUCCUUUUCCAUAUGCACUUGAAGAGAGAUGGAAGAAUCAAGCAGGAGCAUGAUAGAAGUUUCUAUGCCCCUGUGCACAAUAUUGUUUUAAGUUUCAUGUGAUGCGGUUUCGUAAAACCAAACGUGCAAAGCUGUUGUUUCUGAUUCCUUUCAGGGGAACUGCAUGAAAAGUGGUUUGAAACAACUACAACCUUCCAUUCAGUUUGGCCAUGAGCAGUGUUCUACUUUUCUUUUCUUUUCUUUUGGGGGGCGGGUGGGGGAUAUAUUAUUAUUAUUUUAAAUAAACUAUUUGAAUUUAUUUAAUUAUAAGAGGUAACUUAGCACAGAAAUAUGGCUUACACAGCCAGUUUUAUAUUGAGUGAAUGGCUAAAAGAAGAGGACAAGAAAGGGUUACUAGUUAAAUUGGGGGGGGGGGAAUUGGCCAGUUUGCUAUCCUUACCCCACCCUCCCAGAAGUGUGAAUUUUUUAUCUGACUCAGCAUUUCUGUUUUGUGUGCCAAGGUAUAAAGUUAGGGAAAAAUCUAGAUGAAUACGAGGAGUUAAUUUGUGUUGUGAUACAAGUGUAUUAAAUUUGCACUAUAUAAGAACUGUU